ACUUCAUUGCACCAUCCAUCUGAUCGUCGCUGUUGCACUCAGCUUGGAUCACGACUAAUCAAUCCGUAGUAUGCCUCGAUCCUCGGUUGGCGUAAUGGUUCGCUCGUCCAGGCCUGUCUGCCUUGAUGCUGGCAGCCCUCAUCUCAAUAAAAGCACAGCACCGAGCCACUGUGAUCUUUCCAACCGUUGCACAUAAGUGACUGAUCUUGUAGGAAGUUCAACUACUUACUCUAGUCCAACUAAUCGAAAAUUGGCAAUAUGGCCGAUCUGAGAUCAGCCGUGUACGUCGCGCCGCCGAUUCCCUCCAAAGUCCCGGGCUCGAACGCGACGGCGACCUGGUCCCCAAUCUCUUGCACCCUGAUCUACUCGGCAAACGAAGCUGUCUUAGUAGACACGCCCAUCACCAUCAAGCAGACAGAAGAACUCAUCACCUGGAUUGAAAACAUUGCACCAAGGCGGAAGCUCUCAUACAUUUACAUCACACAUGGCCACGGAGAUCAUUGGUUCGGCAUACCUCUUCUGUUGAAGCGGUUCCCGGAAGCCGUCCCCGUCGCCACAGUCGGAACUAUCAAACAUAUGGAGCAGCAGAUUGAGAAUGGAGUGUUUGACCAAAUGUGGGAAGCCCGUUUCCCAGGCCAGAUCUACCGACCCUUCACCCUUGCGCAACCUUUAUCCCCAAAGAGCGGUGGAAGCUUCAAGCUCGAGAACCGCUGGGAGUUCAAGGCCAUCGAGUGCGGACACACCGACACCCAUGACUCGACUGUUCUCUGGGUCCCAGACCUCAAACUCGCCGUCUGCGGCGACGUAGUGUACGGGCAGUGUCAUCAGAUGUUGAUGGAAGCGAACACGAAAGCCAAGCGCGAGGAAUGGAUCAGGGCGGUUGAAAUCGUCGAGGCACUCAACCCUGCUUAUGUGGUGGCUGGACAUAAGAUGGCUGGGGAGACUGAUGGAAUCUGGCACCUUGCUGCGACCAAGAAGUACAUCCAAGACUUUGGCAAGAUCCUCGAAAAGAACCCAAAGAAUGAGAAGGAGCUGUUCUUAGAGAUUUUGAACUUGUAUCCGGAGAGGUUUAACCCGGGAGCUGCGCGUUUAAGUGCCAUGGGUGCCUUCCAGGUUCCAAAGGAGUCACGUAUCUAGGACCGUAUUGAGGAUGAGGAGUGCAAAGCAUCCAAUAAGAC